AUAUUUGCAGCUAAGAAGAAGAAGCACCAAUGCCGCGCCGCUCUUGGCAUAAUAGCUCUUUGCUGCCAUACAGUUAGAAUAAUAAAUUUUUCCAAUAUGAACUUAAAUUAAUCAUUCUGACCAGAAAAGAAUAAAAUAUUUUAAGAAUACUGUAAAAUAGUACAGUAAGUAGUAGUAGUACGCCUUUUCAAAUUACCUUCUAUUUGCAUGCUUAUUAUGUGAUAUUGUGCUUAGUUUUGUUGGUCUGGCAGCGAUAGCAUCGACAUCAAAAGCAGCAGUAGCAGUAGCAGCGGUAGUGACUGAAAGAAAAUAAAGACAUAUUUUGCAAUUGGAUUUUCGGCGUUAUAAUAAAAAUAAUAAUGUUUUGCAUCUGGUUUAAAUUAAUUUGAAAGAUUUUGAAGUGUGUUUACAGUAUUGUGUGCGGUAUUAUAAAAUUUAGCAGCACGUUUUUCAUAUGAAAAAACUGUUAGGGUGGUAGUCCGUAUGACAUACGACGGCAAUCAGGCAUCCAGCUGAAGCACCACCGUUCCGUUUGCGUUUGCGAACGUCAGAGUAGUAGUAGAAGCGUAAAGUUAUAUCGAAGGUUUUUUUUUGUCCAGAGCUGUAUUUUACUUGUAUUUAAAGUGGUGAUACCUUCUUGAAUAAAGCAAAUAGUUAUAGUAGGGCUGUAAAUACCGCCGUCACCAUUAGCGCCGCUGGUGCAGUGCGGAGAGCGAAUUAUGAGCGCCGCUAAAAAAUACAAACUUAUGGACACAAAUGACCAAUUGCAGGAUACUGAGAAUUACACAAGCAAUCGUUUAAGAAAACAAGGAGACAGCCAUUUUUAUAGCCCCUCCACAUCGGCUCGUUGUGCUUUGGGACAAAAUUUGAAUCAACCUUCAGCAACGUCAACUUCACAACUACCGUUCAACAUGAACAAUAGUAAUAGCAAUUAUGGCAUCGGUAACAAUACCAAUGGUGAAAGACGUGCCAAUUUUUCGAUGUUAGAUGGGGGACAUAUGAACGAUCACCGUUCAGCCACAACUACCUCAGCGUACUUCAAUAAGAUGGGCGCAAAUAAUGCCUCGAAACCGGGAGAUGUUAAAAAAAUUGUAAUAAAAAACUUCAAGGUGAAACCUACACUGCCGGACAAUUAUUCGGAACAUACAUGUGAAAAAUUGCAGGAAGCAGUUGUCGCAAUUCAACAAUCAAAGCCAAUCAGGUACUCAUUGGAAGAACUUUAUCAAGCUGUAGAAAAUAUGUGCAGCCAUAGGAUGGAUGCGCAAUUAUAUGGAAAACUUAGAGAACUUACUGAAGCUCAUGUGAAACGUAAUGUCGAAUCCUUUACAGGGGGAAGCAUGGACAAAUUGGUAUUUUUAAAAAAGAUAAAUGGUUGGUGGCUUUCGUUUUGUCAGCAAAUGAUAAUGAUGCGCAGUAUAUUUUUAUAUUUGGAUCGGACGUAUGUUUUACAAAAUCCUACCGUACAUUCAAUUUGGGACAUGGGUCUGGAUCUUUUUCGUACUCAUAUAGCCAUGAACGAUCAAGUGCAAAAACGUACGGUGGAAGGUAUACUUAUGUUAAUCGAAAAAGAACGAACAGGUGAUGCGGUAGAUAGGGGAUUGCUCAAGAGCCUAGUUCGAAUGUUAUGUGAUUUACAAAUUUAUAUUAGUGCGUUCGAAGAUAAAUUCCUGAUUGCAACAAAACAAUUAUACCAGGCCGAAGGACAACGUAAAAUGCAAGAACUUGAUGUGCCCGAAUAUCUGCGCCACGUCGACAAACGAUUGGCUGAGGAAAACGAACGUCUUUUGCACUAUUUAGACUCUAGUACUAAAUACCCAUUGAUUUAUACUGUAGAAAAAGAGUUACUCGCUGAACACCUUACACACAUCUUACAAAAAGGUCUGGACACACUGCUGGAGGAGAAUAGACUGAGUGAUCUCACGCUCUUGUACAGCCUUUUAAGCCGAGUCAAAAACGGUACCGCCGAACUGUGUGGCAACUUCAAUGGUUUUAUUAAGAAAAAAGGGCGCACUAUUGUCAUCGAUCCAGAAAAGGAUAAAAGUAUGGUGCAGGAUUUAUUGGACUUUAAAGACAAAAUGGAUGUGAUUGUGCGCAAUUGCUUUGAACACAAUGAAAAAUUCACGAAUUCCUUGCGAGAAGCUUUUGAGUUCUUCAUAAAUCAGCGCGCCAAUAAACCAGCAGAAUUAAUAGCCAAGUAUGUGGAUAUGAAGCUGCGUGCUGGAAAUAAGGAAGCCACCGAAGAAGAGUUGGAACAGAUACUUGAUAAAAUCAUGGUGCUAUUUCGAUUUAUUCACGGCAAAGAUGUAUUCGAAGCAUUUUAUAAGAAGGAUUUGGCCAAACGCUUACUUGUGGGAAAGUCUGCCUCGGUGGAUGCGGAAAAGAGUAUGUUGUCCAAAUUGAAGCAAGAGUGUGGUGGUGGAUUCACUUCAAAAUUGGAAGGCAUGUUCAAGGAUAUGGAACUGAGCCGAGAUAUUAAUAUUGCUUUCAAGCAAUAUGUCGCAAAUAUGGAUCGUGAAAUAACAAGUAUGGAUUUGACUGUCAAUAUUCUUACCAUGGGCUAUUGGCCUACAUACCCGCUAACAGAAGUCACUAUGCCCCCACAACUUGUGAAGCCGCAACAAGUUUUCAAUAAAUUUUACUUGGCUAAACACAGUGGUAGAAAGCUGCAAUGGCAGCCAACACUAGGCAAUUGUGUGCUCAAAGCUCAGUUUGAUGCGGGACCUAAAGAGUUGCUGGUUUCUUUGUUUCAAGGGCUGGUGCUUUUACUGUUUAACGACAAAAACGCAUUAAGUUUCGAAGAAAUUGUUGCUGCUACAAAUAUUGAGGAUGGCGAGCUACGCAGAACAUUACAAUCGUUAGCCUGCGGACGAGCUCGUGUUAUUACAAAAACACCAAAGGGUCGUGAGGUUGAGAAUAAAGAUUUGUUUCAAUAUAAUAACGAAUUUACAAAUAAACUGUUCCGUAUCAAAAUUAAUCAAAUUCAAAUGAAAGAAACGACGGAGGAGCAAAAAGCUACAGAGGAGCGUGUAUUCCAAGAUCGACAGUACCAAAUUGAUGCAGCCAUUGUGAGGAUAAUGAAAAUGCGUAAAACGCUCAGUCAUAACUUACUAAUCGGUGAACUUUUCAAUCAACUUACGUUUCCCGUUAAGCCUGCUGAUUUGAAGAAACGAAUUGAAUCACUUAUAGAUCGCGAUUACAUGGAGCGCGAUAAAGAUAAUCAAAAUCAAUAUAAUUACGUUGCAUAAAUUAUAAUUUAUAAGGCUACUUACAACAGUUGGACACGUUCAGAAGCACGCCCAUUUUCCAUGAUACCCCUUUUACGAGUAAACUCUACAUCAUUUGAAAUUGAAAACAAAUCAAAGCAUCAACAUGAGGGGUUACACACAUCAUAUUUUGCUUUACGAACAGUUCCAACCUCUUUAUUUACGUAUAAAGGAAGCAUCCCCGGCCUAAAUGAAUUCAACAAUAACGACAAUUUUCAAUCGAGCUAGCUGUGAAACAAAGUUCUAUGCUCUAGCUUAGUUUAGAUCUGUGAGUAAGGCCUGAUUUAUACAAUAUACGAAUAUGCAGUAAAAAGGAGCGAAAGUUAGACCCCAAGAAACAGUGGCCGUUCGGCGUAUAAAUAAUUGAAUUACAUACAUAUAUCUGUUUUCUUUUAUAACUUUUUGCAUAACUGUGCAACUGUGUUUAAUAUAAAUAUCUAUUAAAAUUAAGUAAUUUCUUAUGUAUGUUCCCAGAUAGACACAUGUAUACACCUGUUGCUAUUCGCUUCUCUUCUAAUCUAAGUUUAGUGCAGUACAGAGAAGUUGUAAUUAUACAAACGACAUGCUAGAAAAUUUGCGAAAAAAAGAUAUUUUUUAACAUUUUGAAUGUGAAGUAAGUGGGGGGAAGUAAGAAGAUGCUUAUGCGUAGUUAUUUUUAGUGUUAAAUGAGUUAAUAUAAUUCGAAGGAACGCGAUGGUUGGCGAAACAAAAACUUGUUCUCUUUUUAUAAUUUAAAUCGUAGUAUAUUACAUAUAAUAAUAAAUAUGAAAAAAAUAUACAUAAAUGUAA